AUGAAGCACCUCCUCCCCCUCCUCGCCUCGCUCCCUUCAGCCUUAGCCUGGAUUCCCGGCGUCGAAAAGGACAUCUUCUCCAGCACCGGGGAAAACAUCUUCAACGCCACCACAGCAACAACCGACCCCGCAAAACGCUGGCUCCCCUCCAGCGGCAAAAUCCGCGGCGUAAACCUGGGCAGCCACUUUCUUUUCGAGCCCUGGAUCUCGAAUUCGGUAUGGAGUAGUCUCGGCUGCGGCGGACAAAAUUCCGAGUUCGACUGUGUCAUGGCGCUGGGACAAGAUGCCGCCGACAAGGCCUUUGCGGGCCACUGGGCGUCGUGGAUCACGCAGGACGAUAUCAGCCUGAUGCGCGAGUAUGGCCUGAAUACCAUUCGGAUCCCCGUUGGCUACUGGAUGAAGGAGGAUCUGGUGUACUCGGACUCGGAGCACUUCCCGCGCGGUGCAUUCUCGUACCUUGAGAGAGUCUGUGGCUGGGCAAGUGAUGCGGGCAUGUACAUCAUUAUCGAUUUGCAUGGGGCGCCGGGGGCACAGCAGCCCAAGCAGCCGUUUACGGGGCAGUAUGCCAGCACCCCCGGCUUCUACCAAGACUACCAAUACGACCGAGCGCUCGAGUUCCUCGAGUGGAUGACGACCACCAUCCACCAGAACACCCACUUUCGCAACGUCGGCAUGCUCGAGCUCGUCAACGAACCGCUUCAGAACGCCGGCCAGGUCGCUAGUAUGCGCACCAGCUACUACCCGGAUGCAUUCAAUCGCAUCCGCAACGCAGAAACCGCCCUCGGCGUCACGGCCAACAACUACCUCCACAUCCAAAUGAUGAACGCAAAAUGGGGCUCGGGCGACCCUACCGAAGCCCUGAGCGACACCUACUUCGCCGCAUACGACGACCACCGGUACCCAAAGUGGGACAGCAGCGUGGCGGUGGACAAAGAGAGCUACAUCCGCGCCUCGUGCAACGACGACCGGGGUGGAAAUACUCCGACGAUUGUCGGCGAGUGGAGUCUGAGUGUCCCCGACAAUGUGCAGUGGACGGCAGCGUGGGAGCCCGAGGGGAACAAGGCGUUUUAUAAGCGGUGGUUCGCGGCCCAGGUCAUUGCUUAUGAGAGGCAAGCGGGGUGGGUGUUUUGGACGUGGAGGGCGGAUUUGGGCGAUUAUCGGUGGUCGUAUAAGGAUGCUGUCAAUGCUGGGGUUAUUCCGCGGGACUUGGACAGUGUGUAUGACAACUCGCCGUGCUAA